AUGUAGGUUUUAACACCAGCUGAUCUAAAAUCAGAUAAGAAAGUUAUUUUAUAUGGAGCAACACACUGUCCUUAUUGCUCCAAGGCAAAAGCCCUAUUGACAAGUCUUAAUGUAGAAUUUGAAUAUAGAGGAACUGAUGUGUCAGAUUAAUUUGAGAAAGAAAGAGCUGCAUUAGGAAAACAUUUAAAUUAUGAAACUAUUCCUAUGAUUUUUGUUAAAAAUUAAUUCAUAGGUGGAAAUUCAGAUUUACAUGCUCUACAUGAAAAAGGAGGUCUAUUGCCAAUGUUAAAUUGAAAGAAUUAUUC